AUGAGGAAUCAUUCAAUGCAGACAAAGUUUAUUCUUUUGGGUCUGACAGAUGACCCUGAAUUGCAGGUUGUAAUUUUCCUCUUUCUAUUUUUUACCUACUUGUUGAGUGUAACAGGAAACUUAACCAUCAUCAUUCUCACUCUGCUGGAAUCCUACCUGAAGACACCUAUGUAUUUCUUCCUAAGGAAUUUCUCCUUUUUAGAAAUCUCGUUCACAACUGUUUGUAUUCCACGGUUCCUGGUGAGCCUUGUGACAAAGGACAGAACUAUUUCCUAUAUAAGUUGUAUGACUCAGUUGUUUUUUUUUUUUAUCUUUUUGGGAGUAACUGAAUUUUAUCUUCUGGCGGCUAUGUCCUAUGACCAUUAUGUGGCUAUAUGUAGACCUCUCCACCAUACCACCAUCAUGAGCAACAAAGUUUGCUACCAACUUGUACUCAGCUCUUGGGUAACUGGAUUCCUGAUCAUCUUUCCUCCAAUCAUCUUGGGACUCAAGCUGGAAUUCUGUGCUUCCAAUGUCACUGAUCACUUUAUUUGUGAUUCUUCUCCCAUCCUGCAGAUCUCUUGUUCAGAUACACAUUUCCUAGAGCUAAUGUCCUUUUUCUUGGCUGUGCUGACACUAAUGGUCACAUUGUUGUUAGUGCUUCUCUCCUAUGGCUACAUUAUCAAGCUAAUUCUCAAAUUCCCUUCUGCUCAGCAAAGGACUAAAGCCUUUUCUACCUGUUCUUCCCACAUGAUUGUAGUUUCCAUCUCUUAUGGUAGCUGCAUCUUCAUGUAUAUAAGACCAUCAGCAAAUGACAGAGUGACUUUAAGCAAAGGAGUGGCUGUGCUCAAUACCUCAGUUGCCCCCUUAUGGAAUCCCUUCAUUUAUACACUAGGAAUCAGCAAGUGA